CCUUCUGCCGUGAAAAAGGAAGAUGAGAGUCCGCAGCGGAGCUCCGACACCGAGCCGAACCUGAGCACUCACAGCGGGAUGGAGGCAGAGCACAGCCCGAGCUCCGCUGCUGCUCCCCGGCCUUGAACGAGUCACGUCCCCCGCUGGAGCCGCCGAGCCCGGAGGAGCGGCGGGUGGAGCUGCAGUCUGCCAAGCCGAGCCGAGCCAAGCCUUGCCGAGCCGUGCUGAACUGAGCAGAGCUGAGCCGAACCGUGGUGAGCUGCCGUCCUCUCCCGCCCCGAUAACGAUGCUGAGCUAGCUGCUGGACUGAAGCCUCGACUGAAACCACACCUAUCUGUCCUGUCCACCUCUCAGUGACCCUUCAGCAUGGAGCGCUCCGGCAGCAUCCAGCUUGACAUCCCCGACUUCAGUAACUCAGUUCUGUCACACCUGAACCAGCUGCGAGUUCAGGGCCGGCUCUGUGACAUUGUGGUCAACGUUCAGGGUCAGAGCUUCCGGGCACACAAGGUUGUCCUUGCCGCCAGCUCGCCAUACUUCCGUGACCACAUGUCUCUGAGCCAGAUGAGCACCGUAUCACUGACCGUCAUCCGUAACCCAUCGGUGUUUGAGCAGCUGCUGUCCUUCUGCUACACGGGUCGUCUCUGCCUGCAACUUGCUGACAUCAUCAGUUACCUGACUGCCGCCAGCUUCCUGCAAAUGCAGCACAUCAUCGACCGCUGCACCCAGAUCCUGGAGGGCAUCCACCUGAAGAUCAGUCUGGCUGACAUGGAAGAGGAGCCAUCGGAGGAUGCAAUACGAGUGACUAGGGGCAACCGCACCCUGGAGACGAUUGUGCGAGCAGGUGGUCACCAUGCCACCCUGCGGCUUCUUGGUCCCCGAGGAGCAGAGGCGUGUGAGGCUAUCAGUCCUGUGGAGGAGCCCCUCAGCCCCCCACCCACUGUGGAGCACAGUGGACUGGAGGGUCCUGAGGCCACGGCCAUCAGAGUGGGCAAAGAACCAAUCCUUCGCAUCAACCGGGCCGGUCAGUGGUACGUGGAAACGAGCAGUGAGCCAGAGCGGAGCGGCAGUGCGGAGGAGAGUGGGGGCAUGGAGCGAGUUAGGAUCAAGACGGAGAGGAUGGAGGACUGGAUCGGGGCAGGGGAGCACCAGGAGGAGGUCGGGGCAGGAGAAGAGGGGACCACCGUAAUGAUCGACACCUCAGGACGCAGCACGCUGGUGACGGGGCCAGUGAGUGCACUCGGAGCCCGGAGCAGUCAACCGUCCUCCAGCUUCAGUGAAACGGACAGGUUCAGUCCCACUGGCAGCGUGGUCGUCCUGGCGGAGCGUCAAAGAGCCAAGAGCGAGUCUCCCAGCAGGGCGGACGAGCUGAGACAGUCCAGCUCUCAGGGGGAGGAACAUGCUGCGUUUGACAUGGGGGGCUAUGAAGACUACCUGAGGGAGCAGGUAGGAGACCGCUGGUUCCGCUAUAACCCCAGGCUCACCUGCAUCUACUGCUGCAAGUCCUUCAACCAGAAAGGAAGCCUGGACCGCCACAUGCGCCUGCACAUGGGGAUCACACCGUUCGUCUGCCGCAUCUGUGGGAAGAAGUACACCCGUAAGGACCAGCUGGAGUACCACAUCCGCAAGCACACUGGCAACAAGCCCUUCCACUGCCACGUCUGCGGCAAGAGCUUCCCCUUCCAGGCCAUCCUGAACCAGCACUUCCGCAAGAACCACCCGGGCUGCGCCCCCCAGGAGGCUCACAGCGCUUCCCCCGAGACCACCACCACCUCCAUCACAUCCAGGGGAGGCCCCAGUGAUGAGGCUUCCCCCAGCCAGGAGGAUCCUGAAGGUGGGGGCAGUGGAGCUGGAAGCAGCAGCGGUGGGGGCCAGUACAGCGAGGGUCCCCAGGCCUCGGUCUCCACCACGGGGCCUGAUUGACCCCAAGAGGAGGAAAUGUGAAGGGUUCGGGUGAGGGUAGGGGUAGGCAGACACGGAGGGCCCAGCUGACCCUGAUGUCCCUGAACCAACAGGAAACUGAACCGAACAACCGAGCGAACACCUCAGAGUCCGAACUGAGAUUUUCCCGCUUUAAACCGCAUCUACCUUCACAAACCAAACGGAAACGAUUAAGCUAAAAAUGAAGAAAUGCCACACACUCCAACAACCUCAUACACCACACAGUGGUCCUCGUUUGCCUCCGUCAACUUUAUGUUACAGAUUUCUACUUUUAUAUUACAGCUUCUAUUAUUACAGGUUAUUAUUGCUACAGGUUAUUAUUACAGGUUCACAAUGCAGCAUCACAACAGUCUGUCUGGUGGAAACUUGCCAAACUACUCAGUGCCAGUUUUACACAUCAAUCCUUUAUUUUUGCCUUGAGACAAUCUGGAGCAGCGAGAUUACCUACAAUAAUCCUGCGCGCUCUUUAAGUGCCAUCGUGGCAUGAAAAGAUUUAGUUGCACAAAAAGGUUCAAUGAGAAAACCACGACUGUUAGAGACCUGUUCCAGUGUGAUCACAGCCUCGAAACUUUAGCGCCGUUAAACAUACAGACUGAAUUUCUGAACAGGUGUGGUAGACUCUCAUUCCAGCGUAGAUGAUGGUCUCACACUUCACGCCUUCACACUACCUAAGUCUGUUCUAAAUCCUCGAAUUCAACAGAAGAUACCUCUGAGUCCUGAUCCCUCGGGUUCCCCAAAUGGUUCAUUUUCAACAUCCUGGACCAUCUGCAUAUAUUUAUCCUAGAGGGUGCCAAAACUAUUACGCAGAGAAUAUUUCCUCUAUGAUUCGUAGAGACGGUACUGUGCAGAACUUUUAGGCAUGUUUGGGCCAAAAACUGAGGCUGAGGUAAGGUGUAGAUGUGGCGAGUAAUGGGGCUUUUCCACAAUGGCUUAUGGUCGCACUGAUCCAAACUGCACCAAGCAGUGCUGAUUUACUUUUUCAUAACCAGUUUGGCCGUGCCAGACUACACUGAGCCUCCAAGCGUGCUGUGGUGACAUCACAGCAGUUUUUCAUUAUUUGGGGAUGCGUUGCAGACGUGUUUAAGUAGCAACUGCUGCACUAAACUUUGAAAUACCUCGGGACAGCAGCAGGGACAGGCGUGACAGCUAAACCAAACAGUGCAUCUUCUUCUUCUGGCAAAACAAAACAGUGCUUACUGAAGCGCACCUACAUCGACUCAAAACACUGCAUCAUCAGCUCUAGCUGCAAACUCAGACAGGUAGCUCGGUUGUGGUGGAAAAGCAAAUCCCCUGCUCUACUGGGCUGCUGUGCCGAGUCAAAUCAAAUAGAGCCAAGCUACUCUAUCUAGUGGAAAAGCCCCAUAAGCCGCUUGAGGGCACCAAUAGAUGGGAAGGAGGAUUUACGCUACCCCAGUCAUCCUCUAGAUGUCCUUGCAUAUUACCAGGGGCAUGGGAAAAUAAUCUUUUGGAAAAAAUAACAAAGCCCAGACCUUUAUGACUGAGUAAGGGGUGGGUGUGGCGAGAGAGCACUGCCUAGGGUACCGUCCCCGCGGGGAGUAGGGUCCCUGGGGUAUCACUAGGGGUGAAAAGGCCCUGAUAAAAGAGAUGCCAUCGAGCUUGGCUUUGGCUGUUGAGUGACAGACUUGGAUGUAUUAAGCCUGACUCUCGCUACUGCCCACCCCUUUAUCUCCAGCCCCAGUUGUGGCACAUCGGUCUGGGAUGAAUCCUAUAUGCCUAAAACGUAUGCACAUGACUGUGUAUCAGUUACAUCCCCAAAAUGUUGACCAUCUUGAGCCCAUGGUGACCUCUUAGAUUUUGUAGUUUCUCCCAUCUGAAGUUACUGAGGAAGUCGGGGUUCUGUUUAUCUUCACACUAAAUUAACAUGAUAGACAACAUCUAUAACUAAACUUUUGGAGCUUAGAAAGACAUAUUUCAGAUAUACUGUAAAAAAUACACUAAAAAUACACUAACCAGUAAGUUCAAAUGUGAUGUCAGUGUUUGAAAUGUGUUCUCUGAAUGGGAGCUCUCAUUUAGGAAAAGAACUUGGUAAUCUAACUGUGAGGCCGCCCUUCUAUUGGAGCUCGAGUCGUGAUGGCCUGCACUAGGGUUGUCAUGAUAUCAGAAUUUUACACUUAAAUACAACUCUAGUAAAAAUAUAACAAUGCUAUUUCCUUAAGGUGCCUCAGUAACAAAAGCAGAAGUCCUAGAAACCCAAUAUUGAGUAAUUUUCCUGGUUUUAAAUCCUAAAAGCUGGAAGAAAACCUUCACACAGUCUAAAGUGUGCAUAAACAUUGGCAAGAUCUAAUGGAGUUGAGCUAAAUUAUGAAUCCGUUUAAAUUGUACUUUUAUGUGACCUUGAGAUAUUGUCCUCACACUUAAAAAGACAUGAUCUUUCAGAAUUUUCCCAUUUCUGAGCUUGGCUGUUGUUCUUUUCCCAAAUAGUAUUUUCCCCCUCAUAACUUUGAUUUAAGCAGCUAUAUCCCAGUCGUUGCUAUCUUUCAAGGCCCACUGAGCGACUGCUAGAGAGGGAAGGAUUUCAAGGCAAUUGUACCCAGGUAAAAGUGCAGUUAUUUAGGUUAAAAUCAGAGGUGGAAAGUAAUGAAUUACAUUUACUCAAACUGCUGUGAUAGA